UUCUAAUCUGUGUAUUGUUAAGGUCUGGGUUUUCUUGUUGUCCGUUGGUCGAAUUACGUGCAUCACUCGCGUUAGGAAGUUAAAUGAUUAGGAAGCGAAAAGGUUUACGUUAUAUGUAGAAAAGGAAGUGUUGAAUAGCAUAGCAUCAUGAAUGCUCGCUCGCAAACUUUCGACCUGACGAUGGAAGGUCGUCAGGUGGAUGAAGCUGUUUCCAGCAUCUUUCACACGAUUCUGUUUCAUCGGAGUUUGGGAAAGUUUAUGUACACGGGUGAAGCCAUGUACUCCAUCGGUUCCAUUGGUUAUAUGGACGUGGACUGCGAUUUCAUUGACUUCACCUAUGUUUGCUGCACUUCCCCGAUGCUGGACGAAACGAUCAAGCGAGAGAUCGGCGAGUUCAGCCGUCAGUUGCGCAGCAAUGAAAGCUCCGGUACUGGCCAAAUUAGUUUGGAGUUUUUCCAGCGAAAAAAGGCACGGUUCGCUUUUCUGACGGAAUGCAUCCCCUGGGAGGUGUGGACCAUUCGGCUGGAGUUGGUAAACCUGACCAAUGAAGACGAUCGACAGAUUUAUCGGGAACAAGUUGGGGACACGCUCUCGGAUAAAAUUGUCUGCAUUACUGAGAUAAUGAACAGACACGAUUACCUGCCGAAAACUCCGAACCAAACGGAGCUAGAUUUGGUGUUUGACACAUCCUACCCCGACGUGCAACCAUAUCUGUUUCAGUUCAAGUUUACCACCACCGGACCGAGCACCAAUUCGGUGGGGAAAACGGUCAAGAAGUUGUUCAAGGAAACGCUCUCGUUGUGACUGUAUUGUGGCCGAUCAUGUUAGGAAUAGUAACGUGUGGUUGGCAGGUGGAUUUCAAAUGUUUUUUUUUCAGCUAGGUAAAGAUGAUUGGCUUGAAUAGCUAAUUGAGGCUAUUGCGAAGUAGAUAAUACCGAAUGUAUGUGUAAAUAGGUUUGCUUUCAAAUAUGCUUUUGUGCAUGUGACGUUGAAAAACUCAAGCGCUGUAAUCAAGAGUUUCUGAUUUUAUUGAAGUUUUAUAAGCGAUUGGUAAAAGCUAAUUCACUUCCAAGUUUUGCAAAAUGAUUAAUAUGUUUGUUUUCCCAUAUUUUUAGAAAGUUUUUUUAAGACUCAAAAUGAUUAGGAGGAAAGGGUCUUCGAAUUCUUAGGAAAUUUUCAUCGGACCGAUAUUUAAAUAAACAAUACGAAACGAUCUAUGUUAACAAUUUUAUCAAACAAGCGUCUGCUAGUUAUAUUUCCACUUUGAAUAUUUUUAUGUAUAAAUUAUAUAUUGCUUGGUUUAAUGGGGAUGCGACAGUUCAGAAUUGGUUUGAUUCCGAAAAUAAAAUGCAAUUAAGUAAAUCACGUGAAAAUCUGCUUCUUCAAAUCCCGAGACUAACAAUCAGAGAGACAAAAGAUAAUAAGAAUAUCUCUUGUUAUGCCAACGGCUAGCAAAAAGCAGAGUUCACUGUUUUAUUGACCCUAUGUUGGAAAAGCUGAAAAUGAGUUCCAAUUCCCGUAAAAAAUAUCGCUGUAAAGAAAUCGCCUUUUCUGCGGUUUUACUUUCCUUGAAGCAUGUACCUUCCGAGUAUGAAAGUUUCAUUUAAUGAAGUAUGUAAAAUCUGUUUUUUUUACAAGAACAGGUCGUACGUAUUACUUUCUUUAAAACUUUUUAUUUGAAGCAAAAAAAGAUCUAAGAAUGGAUGAUAGAACACUAGCUAUAUAUUAGAGCAUAAGCGUUGUAAUCGUUACCAGCUUUGAAUGGCAUUAUCAGAGAUGGCGAGAUAUAUGUAAGGUAUACUAUGCAUACAAACAAAAAACUAGUAAGGCAAAGUUUUUAAAUUGAAUGAUGUCGAGCUAAGAUUAGAUACCGCUCGUUUAGAUGCACCUACCACUUAAAACUAGCAGCUCAUUCAAACCAGUCGUUCUUAUUCUUAGGUUAAUCGGUAACUGUUGGAUUGUGUACAUCGUGAAUCGCGAAAAAUGGUUUAGCUGAGCGUUAUGUGUAAAUUGUAAUUGUGAUAAAAGGCUGAGCGUGCGAAUGGAAAGCAAGAUAGUUAUAACAGGCGUGAAACCUGCAUACACCGCAUAGGUAACAAAGAAUGCAGCAGACAAACAAACUGUACAUUUUAACUGUUAGCAAGUCAUUAACGUAGAGAUGAGUUAGGAUUUCCUUUCUGUGUAGAUAUAUUGAAAUUCGAUAAAUCAUACAUGAAUGAUCACAACGCGAAAUGGCAUCCAAAUGGAUUAUAGAUGCCCAGCAAUGAAGAAUAAAGCAAAUCAGUCAAAAUCUUAA